CACACUUAAACCACAUUAUUUUCAACACCAACUAGUCCAUCUUUUUUACUGAGGACCCCACCAUCCCCAGAACCGAUGUUACUACUGACAAUCGACACUUGACCUCAUCCCCCAACUCACUUACUUACAAACUUUCCCCCCUCUCUUCACCCUUAACACUCCAAGUAAUUUUCAGGCGCUUCAUAUUUAAACCCAAGAUUUGCAAUAAGCGCACAUCUUCAAUACUGAACUGCCCCGCCGCCCACCAUGGCGUGGCAACCUUCGCCCGAGUCCUUGAGUACGCUCGCUGCUUGUCUCAAGGACUCUCUCAGCGGCUUCGACAAAGCUGCGCAGAAACAAGCUGAGAUUAUGCUAACGCAAGCGAAAUCAUCCCCUGAUAUCAACAACUACCUUGUGUAUCUAUUCUCCAGCCCAGAUCCGCCGAAUGGCCUACAGUGCUCGCCUGAAGACUAUUUCCUUAUACGAUCAUCGGCCGCAAUCAUGCUGAAGAACAACAUCAAGCCGGGCUCCAAACGAAUUCCCGAUAGUAGUGUUGCCCUGAUUAAGAUGGGUAUUCCACUCUGUUUGCAGGAUAAGAAUUCUCAGAUUCGCAAUUACGCUGGGGUGAUCGCAACUGAAAUGAUUCGCCGAGGCGGAAUUAUGAGCUGGCCUGAGUUGCUACCAGAGCUCUUGAAGAUGAUUGGCAAUGAGACUGGCCAAUUCACAAAUGAGGCGCAGGAGGGUGCUAUGGCGGCUAUGGCCAAGAUCUGUGAAGACAACACCAAGAUGUUGGAGCGCGAAUUGAACGGUGAACGACCGCUGAACUUCAUUCUACCAAAGUUGAUACAAGCUACUAAGAGUUCGUUGCCCAAGGUCCGAGCUCAUGCCUUGACCGCUAUCAACGUAUUCACGGCUCGCAAGUCUCAGGCUAUGCUCAACUCCAUCGAUGACUUGCUCCAGCAUCUAUUUGCCUUGGCAUCGGACGACAACAACGAUGUGAGAAGACAGGUCUGUCGAGCAUUUGCCCAACUUGUUGAAUCUCGCCCAGACAAGAUCCAACCUCAUCUUCCCGAUCUUGUCGAUUACAUCAUCACUCAACAGCAAAGCGACGAUGAGGAUCUGGCCACUGACGCAGCCGAGUUUUGGCUCACGGUUGGAGAGCAUGAGCAUCUCUGGCAUUCAUUGAACCCAUAUAUUAGCAAGAUCAUUCCUGUUCUCCUCGAGUGUAUGGUUUAUAGCGCCGAAGAUAUUGCCCUCCUGGGCGGCGCAUCUGAUGACGAGGACGAGGAGGAUCUGGAAAAGGACAUUAAACCUCAAUUUGCAAAGAAGUCACAGACGCGACAGGCUAACGGAGAGGGCUCUGCGGAUGCCGCUCAGAAUGGAAAUGCGUACGAGAAGUUGGCCAGCAUGGACGAUGAUCUUGAGGAAGGUGAGAUUGAUGAUUUUGAAGAUGGUGACGAUGCAAACCCGGACGAGCGAUGGACUUUGCGAAAGUGUUCCGCCGCUGCACUAGACGUCUUCGCUCGCGACUUCAGAGACCCAGUAUUUGAGUCCAUUUUACCGUAUCUCACCAAGAAUUUGAGACACAACGAUUGGCCAUACCGUGAGGCUGCGGUACUUGCGCUAGGUGCUGUGGCAGAAGGUUGCCUCAACGUUGUCACGCCUCACCUACCUCAAUUGGUGCCUUAUCUGAUUUCUCUCCUGAAUGACACCGAGCCUGUGGUCCGUCAAAUCACAUGCUGGACAUUAGGUCGAUAUUCCUCCUGGGCUGCGGAUUUGUCCGAUCCUGCCGACAAGCAGGCUUUCUUUGAGCCGAUGAUGGAAGGUAUUUUGACGAAGAUGCUGGACAGCAACAAGAAAGUCCAAGAGGCGGGCGCAUCGGCUUUCGCGAACCUCGAAGAGAAGGCAGGGAAGAGACUAGAGCCUUACAGUCUCCCUAUUAUCCAGCAGUACGUCAAGUGCUUCAAGAAGUUCAAGGAUCGCAACAUGUAUAUUCUCUACGACUGUGUUCAGACCUUGGCCGAACACAUUGGACCGGUUCUAGCAAGACCCGAUCUUGUUAACGAACUGAUGCCAGCUCUCAUCGAGCGAUGGGGAAAAGUCAACGACCAAUCUCGAGAACUGUUCCCCUUGUUGGAGUGCCUAUCGUACGUUGCGAUGGCACUCAAUGAUGCAUUUACACCCUAUGCGCAGCCCAUAUUUGUACGCUGUGUCAACAUUAUCCAUCAGAACCUGGAGGCUUCUCUGGCCCUCCAAAACAACCCAUCCCUUGACACGCCUGACAAGGACUUCUUGGUUACCAGCUUGGAUCUUCUUAGUGCCAUCAUCCAGGCCCUCGAUCCGGCGAAGUCGGCCCAGCUUGUUCAGGACUCGCAACCCGCAUUCUUCGAGCUUCUUACCUUCUGUAUGAAAGAUCCGACAGACGAAGUCCGACAGUCAGCAUACGCGCUCCUCGGAGAUUGCGCUAAAUAUGUGUUUGAACAGUUGCAGCAGUCGUUGCCGAACAUAUUCCCUAUACUCCUAACACAACUGGAUCUGGACGGCAUACUCGACGAGGACAUUGAUAGUGGAUUCGGAGCAGUCAACAAUGCUUGCUGGUCCGCUGGAGAGAUUGCCAUUCGACACAAGUCUAACAUGGCUCCUUAUGUGCCUGAGCUAUUCCAGAGCUUUUUCGCCAUCGUUACUAACCCCGGUAUCCCUAAGGGCGUGACCGAGAAUGCAGCGAUUGCCCUAGGUCGUCUCGGACUGGGCAAUGGAGAACUCUUGGCUCCCGAAUUAGCCAACUUCGCCGAGGAUUUCCUCACAUCUAUGGACGAAGUUGACCCCUCCGACGAGAAGGCGACUGCGUUCCGAGGCUUUACUGCUAUCGUCGAAAAGAAUCCCAUGGCCAUGGAAAAAUCACUCCUACACUUCUUUACUUCGAUUGCCCGAUAUAGAGACCUGAAGUUGCGUAGUGAAACUAAGAAUGGUCUGCAUGAUGACUUCCAGAAGGCGAUUGGUAUAUACCGUCAAAUCAUACCCCAGUUCGAUCAAUUUUUAGGUCAACUUCAACCGCAAGACCAGCAGACUUUACGAACAAACUACGCCUUUUGAGAUGGAUACCUCUAAAACUAAGUCAUUGGGUUCUUAUAAUACGCAUGAUGAUGAGUUGUUCCGCAUGCGUCCUAAGAAAGAUGGUAUCAACACCCAAGGCCCAUAUUGACUUAUCGUCUCGUGGUUUACGAACUACGUUAGUUGAAUUAGGUCGACUACGUAACAAGAAUUCAGCAGCUGGGGGCUGUGGAUCUAGUUCUGCAUUGAGGUGUGCACUAUGUGUUGGUGUUAGGAGUCAGCUCAUCGCUUGACCUAGGUCUUUGCAGAAAAAACUCACAGGAAGGAAAUAGGAUUGCGCACUUCAAGGCGUAAAAUGUUAAGGCAUUUAAUGGAAUAGGGGGCCCGUCGGACGGCGAAGUCCCCUCGCGGAGGGUUGAAUGGAUGGCGCAACAUGUCAACAGACUCGCCUGAUAAUUGGGACUGAACUGCUUGCCCGCACGCAAUGCCAGGCAGCAUUGCUACGUUCUAACCACCCACCCACCGAAGUAGAUAGCACGUAGAUAGCAUAGCAAAUUUCCCCCGAUCCAACAUUUUGAAGAGCAUCUAGGCUUGAGCUAUUUAUGGCAGGCCAGCAAGGAGAUACUAUUGAUACCUAGCUCGAUUAGAUAUCAAGAUAUUUUUGAACGAAAUGAAAA